AAACUACAAACCUCGACAUCAUCAAUCAUGACUUCCCAACUACAAGGCUCAAAGGUAGCCUUCAUAGGCGGUGGGAACAUGGCGGCCGCCAUAAUCGGAGGGUUGUUGGCCAAAGACAUGUCUGAGGAAAAGAUAUACGUCUCGGAGCCGUGGGAAGUCAACCGGGACAAGAUGAAGAAGCUCGGUGUGCACACGACGGCUUCCAACGUCGAAGCCGCACAAGAGGCCGACAUUGUCAUCCUGGCCGUGAAGCCUCAGGUGGCCAAGGACGUCUGUCGAGAGCUCGGCGGUGCUUGGACGGCGCAAAGAACGAGUCCCCCUCCCCUGGUAAUCUCCAUCGCCGCGGGAAUCACCCUGGACAGUCUACAGCAGUGGUUGAAAUUGGGCGAUGGCCACACACCACACACGGUCCGUGUCAUGCCCAACACCCCGGCACUGGUGGGCGAGGGCGCUUCGGGUCUUUUUGCGAGUCGCGACGUGACCGAUUCGGAAAAGGACCUGACCACCGCCUUGCUGGGCAGUGUCAGCAAGGCGGUCGAAUGGGUGGACAAGGAGGAACUUCUUGACGUCGUCACCGGACUUUCUGGUUCGGGCCCAGCAUACUUCUUCGCACUCGUGGAACACCUAAUCACCAGCGCAACCGGAUUGGGACUUUCGACGGAGCAAGCGACCCGCCUGGCCAAGCAGACCUGUUUUGGUGCCGGCAAGAUGUUGGUCGAAUCUUCCGAGGAACCGGCCCAGCUCCGGAAGAACGUGACGAGCCCGAACGGCACCACUGACGCAGCUUUGAAGAGUUUCGACGCGUCUGGAUUCGCCGACAUCGUAGACAAGGCCGUCAAAGCAGCGACGAGUCGAGGCGAAGAGAUGGGAAGGACCUUGGGGGCUUCCUCUUAGAUCAGAACGUUCAUAUAUGACCACGCGGUACCACAGUUAUUUAGACGUGCGAAUGAAACUUGACUACAUCUGCUCAAAA